AUGGAGGCACUUCACUCUGGACAAGAAGCCUUGCUUGCAGCUGACAAAGCACGCGGUCUGGGCUACAAGAGCGGCAAUGUGAGGGUCCGCGUGAAGCAAGUAGACAGCCCCAAAGGGCAGGUCUAUGUCGGAUUCAUUGAUGGUUUCGAAGCCUGGGUGCAGAGGGACGAGCUUGAGGCCGUUGCCUCGACGCAAAAAAGCCACUGGAAGCCUGAGAGCCACGGGGUGCCCAGAAACCAGUCCGAAGAAGGUGAGGAAGGUCUUCUGAAGAGCAGCCACACUUUCGAGCUUUGCGAAGCGAUCCAGUCGCUGUGGAAGCACCUGGGGCUUGAGGCGGAGGAAGAUGCCACGGAGGUGGUGCGGAAAUGUCUGGAACCAUACCUUGGGGCCAAGUAUGCCAAUGUCAAGACGACAAAGGGGGCAAAAUUCAGGGCCCUGACGCUUUCCUACUUUGCUGGAAAUGAUGGCGCCCUCGGGAACCUCAUGGCAGUCUUUGAGAAGACAGGUCUGGAGAAGGCGAAAGACGAUUUAGCGAAGAAUCCGAGGGCUGAUGACAAGAUGAAGCAGGAGAAGCUGGCCAGAACGCAGCAGGACAUCAAGAAGGUGUGGGAUGCCGUCGAGAAAGCGCGAACUUUGCUGAAAGACCAAAGGAGGGACGCCUGGCUACCAAAGUGGCUUUCUUCCUUCCUCGUCCCGGAGGUGGUUGCCAGCAGGACCAAGGAGGCCGAUGGGAAUGGUGAUAGGCAUGAAGACGACACAAGUGGCUGGCUUGCGAAACAUGCAGGCACUUUGUGUCAUCUUCUGCCUGGCUUGGGUGGAGUGAACUACGAGAGGAGCCUCAACGUCGUCGGCGACAGGCCUCGAGGCACUAAGGGCGAGGUCGAUGGCCUGCUCCUGCGAGAAGGGCAGCUCGCUGCGAUCGUGGAAUGUAAGCAUGGUGUCGGGUCGAUCUACGACGACUUGACUGGGCUGUGCAAACUGGUGGAACUUCUGUACGCCUACAAAACAAUUGAAUACAGUGAAGACUGGCAAACUGAGCUUUGCAACUACAUGGAGAAGCGCUGCAAGAAAGAGCAUGCAGUCUACGAUCGGAACUGGCGCUCCCUGCCACUGUUUGCUGAUGGUAACGCCAUGGUUCCAGAUCCGAGAUCAUUCCCAUUGAGGAUCGUGAACCAGAAGGUCCGCAAGACCCAGGCUGAAUUCGAGACGAAGCCCGAGAGGAAGGGAACGAAGGGAGCGAAGCAACCGAAUGAAAAGACCAAAAAGCUCAACGUCACCCUGCCCUGGGACGCGGACAAGCCUGCACUGCCCGUCAUGUACUUUCUGGGAUCUGCAGGUGAUGGACAGACGACAUCCCUCCGCAGGCUCCUGAGGCCGUCAGUGCAGAAGCAGGAAAGAGGUAAGCUUCUGAACAGAUCGUUUCCGCCGACCGGUGCAAAAGAAGGGAGCGGCAUGGAGCUUGUGCCUCCGUCGAACUCUCAGAGCUCCUGGGGCGUGAAGGUCACAUUUGCGCAAGCAGAGGUUGCCCAUGCCGAGCAGCAAAUCAACAGCCGUCUCGGUGAUAUUGCCAGUCUCCUGGAGAGUGGCCGGCUUUUCUUCUAUGUGAACACCCCUAGGGGCUUUGAGCGCAUCCUACAUGAGUCCAAAAGCACAGAGGAGGUAUCACCAGCGUCUGAGAACAGAUAG